AUGAGGACCUAUCUCUUGCUUGCCGUUCUAAUCGUCGUCGCUGUGGCCCAAUGGAACAAUGGGCCUGGUGGCGGCUGGAACGGACCGGGCGGAUCCGGUGGACACGGAGGGCCCGGAAACGGCGGUGGCUGGAACGGGCAGGGUGGAGGUGGCGGCAACUGGAACGGAAAUAAUGGAGGAGGUGGCUUCGGCGGAAACAACAAUGGAAACUGGGGAGGCAAUAACGGAGGAGGACGUGGAGGAUUCAACGGCAAUAAUGGAGGAGGUCAUGGAGGAAACAACAACAAUGGAUGGGGCGGAAAUAACAAUGGAAACUUCGGCGGGCACAGUCAUGGAGGUCACGGAGGUGGAGAUAACUGGAACAAUGGUGGCCGCGGAGGUGGAGAUAACUGGGGCAACGGUGGACGAAAUGGAGGUUUUGGCGGAGGACGGGGCGGCGGUCAUGGCGGUUUCAAUGGCCCACCACCACCCCCCGGCGGUUUCGGUCUGGCCUCCCAAAUCGUCGGCCAGGUGCUCGGA